AUGGCCCCCAACACUUUCCAUAUCUUCUCACAGCUCCCGUGUGAGCUCCGGCUCCAAAUCUGGGAGUCAGCAAUCAAACAACGGACGACAAAUAUUUACGACUAUUCACCAUGGAACUGGGGCAGUGUUGGCGUAGAAAGUCUGAUGCCACAGGCUCAGAAGAAGCAAUCCUACGGCAUAAACUACGUGAGAUUUGUCAAUACGGGCGAUUUCUUUCCUCUAGACUGCAGUUGGAAUAAACCUCGUCCCACUAAUCGGUCUGCCUAUCUCUGGCACGCCGGUCUGUGGAUGGCCUGCAAAGAAUCUCAUGAGGUCAUGCGAAAGUACUGGUUCAACGACUCAUUCUACAAAGAGAAUCCCGAGUAUGUGGACGCGGAUUUGAAUGGCGGUCUGAGGAAAUGGUUUUAUGGCAAUGAAGAAGGACCCUGGCUCAUGGCUACAUUCCCCGGGGACAUGUUCUGUAUUACCCCGGACAGCUAUUGGCCCCUUGCUCUAUCCAAGCUCCCCUUUGACCGCAGCGAAUCUAAAAUACAUGAAUAUGCUGUCGAGUUUGACCCAGCUUGGACGUCUGAACUUGCUGGGCUCGAAAAGUACCGACCGACGGACCGCUUAUCACCCACUUUAGCGUUCGCUAUCAGAAUCUGUUGCGAAAUCGCAACUCAGGAAAUGAUUCUACCGCGGUUCAUCCAUCUUAUCGACAAACAAUCUGGCUGGAAGAGCGUUAGCAACGCCGAGGAACACUCGGUAUAUUACGAUUGCGAAUAUGAGUAUAUCCGAAUCGACCCGAGCGAUUCUCUGGCCACAAAUCGUCUUGUCCGACACACUUCCAUGCUCAGGUUCUUGGAUCAGGUUGACCGGCUUCUCAAACACAGAUUGACCUGGAAACGAAAGACAUCCCCUCGGGGUUGGGGUCAUUACGGGCUUCCGCCCGAUAGGUUGUCUGUGCGGAAAUUGGUUCGAGUCAUGGCCAGGCGUGAUAAGGAGGUGGUGCCCAAGAUCACAAGACGCAAUGCUAUGCAGCCCAAGAUGAAGAAGGCGGCCUCGGUAACUUCGUCACAUGAAUCAACCGUAAAGGGAAAGCCAGCUGUGUGA